AUGAAUGCAGCACAAUAUGGCGUCAUCCUCGACGCCGGUUCCUCGGGAACCCGCGUAUACGUCUACAAAUGGAAGAACCCGGCGCGAGCGGGAAAGGAUGCCCUGCCCGACGAACUUCGUAGUCUGCCGAAGCUGAAGCUCAAAGAGAGCAAGAAGAUCCACCCGGGCAUCUCGACCUUUGCCGACGAUCCGAAAGCCGUCGGCAAAAAGCACCUCAAGCAGCUUAUCAAGGUGGCCACCAACGAGAUCCCCGACUACAAGAUUGCCGAGACACCAAUUUUCCUCCUGGCGACGGCCGGCGUCCGCAUGCUCCCCAAGUUCGAGCAGACGCGACUGCUGGGAGAUAUCUGCUCCUGGCUACAGACUGAAACGGACUUUGACCUCCCUGACUGUAAGCAGCACGUCCAGGUCAUCCCUGGCGAGACAGAGGGCCUCUACGGCUGGAUCGCGGCCAACUAUAUGCUCGGAGGCUUUGACCACCCCCAGACAGAGGGUACCGGUGCUGGGCAGAGCCACCCCCAUACCUACGGCUUUCUCGACAUGGGUGGCGCGUCGGCCCAAAUCGCAUUCGCCCCCAACGCGACCGAGGCCGAGAAGCACGCCGAUGACCUCAAGUUGGUUCGCAUGCGCCACCUCGACGGAACAUCGGCGGAAUACAAGGUCUUCACCACCACCUGGCUCGGGUUUGGAGCAAACCAGGCCAGGGAGCGCUACCUUGAACACCUACUCGAGCAAUACGGCGACGAAGCCUCCGAGAUCCCCGACCCUUGCAUGCCCCGAGGCCUGCAGACAACGACAGACGGAACCGCCACAGACUCGGUCAAGAGUCCUGAGCCCCCGCUGCUAACAGGCACAGGUCAGUUUGAUGAGUGCCUACGUUUGACGUACCCGCUGCUUAAGAAAGAUGCGCCCUGCGAGGACGACCCGUGCCUGAUCAACGGACAGCAUGUGCCGGCCAUCGACUUCAACGUCAACCGCUUCGUCGGCGUGUCGGAAUACUGGCACACGACGCACAGCGUGUUCGGAGACAAGGACCAAGCGUACGACUUCGCAACGUACCAGGAGAAGGUCAACGAGUUUUGCAGCCGCGAGUGGGUUGACAUUGCCAGCGAGGUGACGAAGACGAAGCGCAAGACAUCGGAGGAGAAGGUGGAGAAUGCGCGCGAGGCGUGCUUCAAGGCAUCGUGGCUCAUCAACAUGCUCUACGACGGCAUCGGCAUCCCCAGAGUGGGUAUCGAAGCACCUAGCUCCAACCUCACGCAGGAAGAAGACGACGUGAUGGGACCCGGCAGCCACUUCCAGCCAGUGGACAAGAUUGACGGUGUCGAGCUCAGCUGGACACUGGGCAAGAUGCUCCUCUACGCGGCCGGCCAGGUUCCCGGCGAAAGCAUGGCCCUGCCUGUUGGGUUCGGAACCAACGUCCCGUCGGGGACGCCAGACGACUUUGAGACGCCAGGCUCGAUACCCCUCUUCCCCGUGACAGACGACGACACGGCCAACGAUGAGGACGAAGGCUAUCUCGCAUAUCAUUCGAGUCGCUCCUCAGGCGCCAUCGUCCUGGUGCUCGUCAUCCUUUUCGUUGCCGGCUGGUUCCUCCGCCGCCCGGAGUACAGGAGGCGACUGAUGAGCUUUGGACGCCGUCGCAAGUCGCGGUCCAACCGUAAAUCCACGGGGCCGCUUGCCAUUGCGGCAAGCAAGCUGUUUGGCGGUGGCCCGCACAACUACGAGCGGGUCAUGGAGGAAGGCGACGCGGCUGAGUUUGAACUCGGCGCCGUCUCCGAUGAUGGCCCACAGUCGGACAGCAGCGAGAGCUCGCGUAAGGGCCAGUCAUCUGGUCUGACGACGCCCAAGCUGAAUGCCGAGCGGUUCGCCGACGAUCUUCGGCCGCCGUCCUGCCUGGACAGGAACGGGCUGGCGGUGCGGACCGAGAGCCGCGAGCGACUGCACGGGGUGGGUCACCGAAGCAGAACAGGCAGUCCUCAGCGACAAAGAGUUCGCUAG